AUGGCUGACCCCCUUCCUCCGGCCCUGGAGGAGACCACCUCCAAACUGAGCGAGCUCCUCAAGCACCCGGACGAUCUGGACAAGUUAAUCACCCUUCGUGGUGACUUCACGCGCAAGAAGACGGCGAUCGACAGUCAGCUGAAGCACAGUCUGUCCGAACAGCUCUCCAUAACCCAAAAUGGCAUGACAAGCAUUUCGGACGGGCAGAAGCUCGUCAACGCUAUCCGAGAAGAAAUGCUGAAGAUCGACCGGCUAUGCGCUGAGGCGCAGGGGAUGAUUGCAGAGUUCCCUGAGAUCAAUAAGAUGAGCGUAAUGCAACGGAACUUUGCUGCAGUCGAGAAUAUGAGGUCUGCCGUGGAGAACUUCGCUGAGAAGCUGGCUGAGUUGGAGGAUUUGCUGAGGGAGGACGACGAGGACUUGGACAACCAGCCAAAUCUACUGGCUAUUCACGAAGGAUUGACGAGCUUGCGGGAUGUACGGGACCAGGCCAUGGAUCAGGUUACGUCAAGCAAGACGGAAGGGGAGAGUGGGAUGGAAUUGAUCGAGAAUCUGCCGCUGGGGGGCCAGGAGACAUUGAGCGAUCUUUUCACGAAGCUGGAUGAUAUCGUUGGGUGGUUUGACGAGCAUGUCGGCCAGGCGUGUAUCAAUAUCAUCCCGCACAUUCAAUCUGGUAACAAUGGGAUUGUCGUACGGCUGGCGCUGGUUAUUGAGGAAGAGGAGAAGAAGGACCGACAGGUCAAGGCCUUGCAAGAUGCCCAACGCGAGUUUCAGGACGUCGCUCUCCGCUUCAAAUCGAUCAACGUCGGCCAACGCGAACUUCGCGGGUACAAGAAGAAGUUCUUCCUGGCGGUGGAAGCAUCAGCACAGGCGCAAUUCGAGACCGUUGCACAAGCAUUCGCAGAGGACCCAGACAAACUGGAGAAGAGCUGCCGCUGGUUCUUCAACGACCUCAACACCGUCAAGCUGGGACUCACUGAUCUUGUCCCGAAGAAGUGGAAGAUCUUCAACACCUACACCAAGAUCUACCACAAGCUCAUGCACGACUUCUUGGUCGCACGCCUCGACGACAAAGACAUCACCCCGGUGCAUGUGCUCGCCAUCUUAAACUGGGUCUCGAAAUACUACUCGAAGCUCUCACGCUUAGGCAUCUCCAAUCCAGAAACCAUGCUCACACCACACGUCAUCGACGAGCGCGAAGCCGACCUCGUCCGCGAGUACCGCAACCUCAUCACCAAAGCCGUCGAAGAAUGGAUGGAUCGCAUUGCACGCAACGACCGCAAAGCCUUCACCGAACGCCUCGAGAACAGCCUCGACCAGGACGCAGACGGCCACCUCCACACUAAGAGUCUCGGCGACAUGUGGACCAUGCUGCGCGAACAGCUCGCCGUCGCCGAAGCCAGCGGCCGUCAAGACGUCGUCGAGGGCGUUGUCGACGCCAUGUAUCGCGCCCUCAAAGCGCGACAGCAAAUGUGGGAGCACCUCGUCGACGCCGAAGUCAAGAAGAUCGAAGCCCUCGCCUCUGACUCCUCACAACUCGAAGGCGUAAGCAGCCUACAAGAGUGGCUCGCGGCCAUCGCCAACGACCAAAUCACCAACAUCGACGACAACCCGGAAAUGGGCACGACCUCCUUCCUCACCCGCUUCAAGCGCGACUACGAACCCCUCGUCACCCCCGCCUAUACCAGCACCAGCGGCAUCGAACACGACAGCCUCACAAACGGCUACGUUGACCUCUCAACCCACUGCAUGCACCUCUUCGCCAGCAUCCUCUUCAUGACCGACUUCCGCAACGUCACGACCGACUUCUUCACGCAGGCCUGGUGGAGCGGCAAACCCAUGUCCCAGAUCACCGUCACGUUCGAAGACUACCUUUCCGGCGACAACAACUACACCGAGGUCCUGCACCCUUCACUGCGGGACAUUCUGGUCGAAGAACUGGCCGACGCGCUGCUCGUGCGGUAUCUCGAGGGCGUGCGCAAUAAGUCCGUCAAGUUCCGCCGCGCAGACCCGUUUACGGACAAGAUCAAGGAGGAUCUCCAAACGGUGUUUGGCUUCUUUUCGCAAUUCCCUGGCUGCUUCGAUCUCGUCAAGGAGAAGUGGCGAGUGGUGCAGCAUUUCGUUGAACUUCUUGAGACGGAUAAGAGUGGUGUGGUGGGCGCUUUCGAGAGGUUCAAGGCGAAUUACUGGGACGUGCAGAUUGGGUGGGUGGAGGCUGUGCUGAGGUCGAGGGAUGAUUUUGAGAGGAGCAUGGUUGGGAAUGUGAAGAGCGCUGCGGCGGGUAUGGAUGUUGAGAGAGGGUUGGAGACGGUUAUGGGGAAGGUCAGAUAG